CAUCUGAUACGAUAAAACGGGUACUGGUGUAGAAAACCUCACUUCUGACGCACUAAAUCUUUGCAACAACUUCGCCAAACCUCGAUUUUGUUUUUCUUUUUAACAUUGUGCGUAAAAACGCUUGCUUGGCAAAAACAAGUGAGACGGAUGUUUUUAUCACGAGUUGUAGCCUCCUGUCCAACAGCUGCGGCCCCGGAGCAAAGGCUGAUCAGCAGAGGACAACAAUCCGACCGUCUUCAUGUCCUGAUGGAGGAAUGCGUUGAAAUGCAAAGUCACAGCUCACAUUUGGUUCAAUUUGUUUCGUGGUCUACCUCUUGGUGCAUCGUGUAGGUACCAACAUGUUUGCAAAAGUUCAACCUCUCCGCUUUUAGCUCAAGAGUUAUUAGGCUGGUAAAUUCACCAAAACAUGAGUGGAGUUUGGUGCCGCCGCCUCUUCACGUUAAAGUUCAGUUGCAUUUUCUGCGUAUGUCAGCAGGUCACACAGUGCUGCUUCUGGUCUGUUUCAGUUCGUCCUCUAUAGCUGCAGAGUCCCGUGUCCUGAUGUCAUUUCACUGUGGAUGAAGAGGAUGUCCCUUUACGGGGGGAUUAUUCUGAUAUUUGGAUGUUUUCCUCAGCUGUAGGGAGGGGGGUCAUUAAGGAGGACGCCUGCAGCUUCCAUCUGACACCAGAGUGACAUGAGGCGCUUUCUCAAUAACAUGCAAAUGUAAAAAGGAGAAGUAAACUCAGAUUGUCUAACGUGGAGAAAUCUGCUAUUACAGAGCUCAGGGUGGAAGAUGGCAAAAACAGCUUCACUGUGGCUGUCACUGACUUGCAUAAGCAUGCAGAUGUUCUAAUAUUUAGCUUUUUUGCUGAAGUGGCACAGCCAACCAGAAGUGUUUCCUGAAUAACACACAAACAUUUAGUAAGUUGCAUUUUAUGAGAUAGCAUAAAGAAACAGCUGACCUGUGUGUACAGCUCCUGACAUGCCCCUGAACUGAAGUGCACACUUCCAUUCUUCCCUCUGAGGUGAGCUGAGGUGGGACGUGGUCCACUCCUUUCGAAGAGCCCGCCAUCAUGGCUCGGUACCUGAGGUUUUUCACCGCUGUGGGCGACGAGCAGCCGGUCCAGUUGGAGGAGGAGGAGCUGCACCUGGAGAGCGAGGAGCUGAGUCCAGCCACCGGCCAGUUUCCAACCACGUUCACCUUCAGGGGGUCACUGCAAAGGCUCUAUGGCUGCGAGCGCUUCCAGGUGUUGGUGGUGGGUUUGGUAAUCUUGGAUGCUUUCUUUGUUCUGGCGGAGCUGCUUAUAGAUCUGUCUGUUAUCAAGUUGGAACAUGGCCACAUUGCUCCUGAGGUGUUUCACUACCUGAGCUUGGCUCUCCUCACGUUCUUCAUGUUGGAGCUGGCUGGUAAACUGUACGCUUUCCGCUUGGAGUUCUUUGACCACAAGUUUGAGGUGUUUGAUGGUUUGGUGGUGGUAAUUUCCUUCGUGCUGGACAUUGUCUUCAUCUUUCAUGAGGACGCCUUUGAUGGGUUAGGUCUCCUCAUCCUGUUGCGUCUCUGGAGGGUGGCCAGAAUCAUCAACGGCAUCCUGGUGUCAGUGAAGAUUCGUGCACAGCAGAAGCUCCACAAGCUGAAGGAGAGCUAUGACCACCUGGUUCGAAGAGUCACAGAGCUCCAGGAGCGCACUGAUAAACUGGAACAAGAGAACCAGAGACUUCAAGCCCUUCUGAAGAAGCACAGCAUAGACUUCUAACUCGUCAAGCUAACUGUUGUGGAACUACUGUUCAGUGUCAUUGAUAUCGUGUACCUUUCUGUACCAUUUUUAAUGUAAUCUCUACAUUUCAUGGUAAACUUUCAUUUUAGACCUGAUUUCGGUAUUCAUAUUGCAACCUCAAUUCCAAAAACUUUGGGAUGCCGUGUAAAACACAAAUAAACAGGAUGUGAUCAUUUGCUCACCCUUUUAUACAUCUACUCAAUAGAAAACAAAGUACAAAGCCAAUGUAAUUCAUGUUUCACCUCAUCAACCUCAUUGAUUUGUGUAAAUAUCUGCUUAUUCUGAAUUUGAUACAGCAUCAUCGUGAUGCUGCUCCAUGAAGCUGUCUAAGGCCAUGACCUUAAAGGACCAGUGUGUGGAAUUCAGUGGCCUCUAGUGCUGAGGUAGCAGAUUACAGCCAACUGAUUCCCUGCUCACCUCACCCUCCCCAUGGUGGCCACUGUAAACAUGAAAAACACAGGCCCUCUCUACAGCAGGGUUUGAUUUGUCUGCUCUGGGCUGCUGUAGAAACAUGGCAGGGUAACAUGGCGGACUCCUUGGCUGAGGAUCUGCUCCCUCUGUAGAUAAGAAAAGCUCAUUCUAAUGUAACAUAAAAACGAUUCCUAUUUUCAGGUGAUUAAUGAAAAUAUACUUAUUAUUAAAGAAAUCAUAAAAAAAUAUUCUAUUUCUGCCAAGAGAUCCCUGAAAUCUUACGCACUGGCCCUUUAAUUUGCUUGUAAAUAUCGAAAAUUCCUCAGAGUGAUGACUUGUACAUAAAAAUAAAUUUACAUCUGCUCAGUAACAUUUAAAAGUACUGUAUGUUGUGUAAAAAAAUCAAGUUUAAACAAAUAAAGUGAUUUCAUUUAUUAA